AUGGAUUUAGCUAGUCUUGUCAAAGCAGAAGUGGCAAAGAAAAAGCUUGAGCUGGAUAAAAACCGUGUGGAGGCUCAAAACAGGAGCGCAAUGAGUGUCACACCCCAGAGCACUACCGUGGACUUCACAACACCGUCAAAGAACAGUAGAAGCAAGGACAGUCCUAUCGAAAAAGUUGAUAAUAGUGGCUCAAUCGAACAGGAUAAGCUUUUGGAGAGAAUUAAAACGAGACCAGAACGCAUUCGCCUCAUUAGGGAGAGGGAAUCAAAGAUUGAUACAAAGAUACAGAUCACAUCUAUUGGCGUAGCCAGUGAGUGCUCCGAACUCUCAAUUAAAUGUAAUCUGUACAUUCAUAGCCUUCUUCAGAUGUGGGUAGAGGAGGGUUACAAACCACACCUAAUUCUGGAAACGAAGCAGGCUUUAUUUCCGUUACUACUCAAAUUGAGGCGUGCCGAGUUGCCAAUGGAUUUACUAACGUCAUUGGCUUCUAUUCUUUAUCAUGUCCAGCAAUCAGAAUACAUUCAGGCAACAGAAUCUUACAUGAAGUUGAGUAUAGGCAACGUAGCGUGGCCAAUAGGUGUUACAUCUGUGGGAAUACAUGCUCGUAGUGCUCAUGAGCGCAUUCAGGGUAAUGAUAAGAUAGCUAAUGUGAUGAUGGAUGAACCAACGAGGCUAUGGAUUACCAGUACAAAGAGACUGAUCACUUUUAAAGAGGCUCUUGAUCGUCGUACGAAAGUACAUUAUCCCGAUUCAUGA